AUGUCGAUACAAUGCCAAAUCUGUAAGCAGCAGCUGUCUAAAUAUAAGUGCCCUAAAUGUGCUGUUCGUUACUGUUCUCUAGCAUGCUUUAAGAACCAAGAAAAGCAUAUACAUGAUGAGAGUACAGUCAAAGAACAGAAACCAAUAGAAAAAAAGCCCGAAGAUGUCACUAAGCAGCUACACACUCCUAAAUAUAAUGAAAUGUUGCAAAGAUCUGACAAAUUACGUGAGCUUCUCCAAUACAACACCGUCAAAUUUCACUUGGCAAAGGUUUACAAGAUACUUAAUGCAGGCACUGGAGCACUAGGAUCGUCCGAUACACAGUUGUCAACAGAGAUGAAGCAACAACUCGCAGUUGACUACCUCAAUACGCUAAGGUAUGGUGGUAUUCACUAUAAUGAGGCAGUAGAAGAAUUCUGCCAAAUUUGCAUUGAGUUAAUAACAGAAGAAUCCCAAUGA